AUGACAAUCAAAACACCCUUCGGCCGCCCUAUGCGGCAAGCUCACUUCUCCUUCUCCCCCACAUACACGCCCUUAAAUCACGGUUCAUUCGGUUGCUCUCCCCAGGCCGUCCUCCAGCACCAAGCCCACCUCCAAACCCUCGCCGCCGCCCGCCCAGAUACCUUCAUCGUGCGCGACAUCCCGGUCCUCAUCGACGCCUCCCGCUCAGCCAUCGCUCCCCUCCUCGGCAUCGAUGUCAACGAGGUCGUACUCAUCCCAAACGCAACAACGGGCGUCAAUACCGUGCUGCGGAAUCUGACAUGGGAAGCGGGAGACGUGAUAGUGUUCUUUUCGACGAUCUAUGAUGCGUGUGAGAAAACGAUUGCUUCUAUUCAAGAGGUGGUUAAUAUUGAGGGUGUGAAGAUCGAACUUCAGUACCCCAUUGAGGAUGAGGGGAUCGUGUGGUUGUUUAGGGAGACGAUUGAGCGGGUGCAAAGCCAGGGGAAGCGGGUUAGGUUGGCGAUGUUCGAUACAGUGCUUACGUUCCCCGGGGCUAGGAUGCCGUGGGAGGAAUUGGUGGGUGUUUGUAAGGAACUCGGGGUAUUGAGCUUGAUUGAUGGCGCGCAUGGGGUGGGAUGUAUUGAUUUGAAGUAUUUGGGAACUGUUGAGCCGGAUUUCUUUGUGAGUAAUUGCCACAAACUGAUGCUAUUACUAAUACGCCUCGGAUGGCUCUUCACGCCUCGCGGCUGCACAGUUUUCUAUGUCCCGUUCCGAAAUCAACACCUGAUCCGCACUUCUCUCCCGACAUCUCACGGGUACCAAUACCCAAACUCCGAACCUGAACCUCUUCCAGGUGGGAAAUCCCCGUUUGUACAUCUCUUUGAGUUUGUGGCAACGAUAGAUUACACGCCUUACGCUUGCAUCCCCGCUGCCCUCGAAUUUCGAAAACGCAUUUGUGGCGGGGAGGAAGCGAUUCGCAAGUAUUGCUAUGAAAUUGCUCGAGUUGGCGGCCAGCGCGCUGCAGGAAUUCUGGGGACGGAAGUUAUGGCCACCGAAACUCGUACAAUGAACCAAUGCUGCUUUGCUAAUGUUGCGUUGCCGCUCAAGUUUAAGAAAGCUGGAGUGGAAGAACAGAACGAGACAAAGAUCUUUGACAUCUGUGAAGCAGGCCAGAUCGGGAGUUGGAUUAAUGAUAGGGGUGUUAAGGAGUUCGAUACCUAUUUGCAGAUUGCGUUUCAUGCGGGGAUGAUGUGGGUUAGGCUUAGUGGGCAGAUUUACCUCGAGGUCAAGGAUUUUGAAUGGGUUGGGGAGAGGUUGAAAGAGCUUUGCGGGAGGGUGAAGAAGGGAGAGUUUCGGAAGCCGUGA